AGUGCCUAAUAGUCUAUAGAUGACUGGUCCUCAGCCCAGCUAGAAGGUGUGCCCUGCAGACCAUGCCUGUGGGAGGAUCAGCUUGUGUAGGCUAUAUAUGCUCUUUCGUACACUUCUGUUUUCAGUAGUUGCGUUACUAGUAAGAUACGUUAGUUCGUGACGGGCUAACCUAAGAAUUUUGCAGGAUAAAAUGGAAGGUUAUAGUCUCCCCCGGGUCAUCCUGAUCGUCUUGUCGGCGGUUGUUUAUAUCGCAGUUAUAGUCGUUAACGCUCUGGCUGGAGCGGGGACGGGUCCGUUUCACACCAGCACAGGGAACGUGUCUAAGCAGUAUGAGACAGAUGUAACUCCUGCAGGCUGGACCUUCUCUAUCUGGGGCCUCAUAUAUGGCUGGCUGACUGCCAUGGUGCUCUACCUGGCCUCCAGCCUCUUCAGAGGGUAUUGGAGCCAGGCUGUGCUGCCCUAUGGGUUCUACAUCUGCUGGAUCUCCAACAUGGUGCUCAACAUGGUGUGGCUGCUGAUCUGGGACAGAGAGCUCAUGUGGGCUGCCCUGGUGGUGCUGGCUCUGAUGGCAGGAACCAACUGCUGCAUGGUGCUGUUCUCCUGCUACGCUGUGGAUCUGUACGGAGUCUGGCUCAGACACACACACCCCAGAGACCUGCUGUGCCUGCGACUGCUGGUCCAGAAUGGCGUGUCUCUGUACACCACCUGGACGUGUAUCGCCACCCUGGUGAACCUGUCCGUGGUGCUGAGCGUGGAGGGCGUGGCCCGGGACACAGCAGGAACCGUCUCCCUGUGUGCUCUGCUGCUGGGCGUGCUGGGCUGGUUCAUCCUGGAGAACUUUGUUCUGGAUCGCUACGUCCGCUACAUCCUGACCAUCUACCCCGUGGUCAUCAUCGCUCUGGGGGGAAUCGUGUCCAAGCACUACCAACCUAGCAACCCCUCCGCCAAUGCUGUCUUCUCCGCGGUUCUGCUGGCUCUGACCUGCAUCCUGUUCCUGGUGCGUGUUGCCAUGGUGAUCUGGAGAAACAGGAAGCAGCCUCUGUAUUCAGGCGUGUCCUCGGAUCACAUGACAUCGCCGAUGAUGUCACCUGAUGCCUCGACCAAUAAGAAGAGAAAGAUAUUUAUGUAGGGUGAACAUGCGCUCAUGUCAGUACUCUCAACCAGUCUCCUCUCCCCCCUACCUCCUCCUCUCCUCUCCCCCUACCUCCUCCUCCUCGAGCUAGGGGGGUAGGAGACGAGGGAAGGAGAAUAGAAAAGACCAGUGUUGCCUGUGGAGACAGUCUUAAUCCCUGUUCCAUUCUACCUCACCAGAGGUGCCUGAGCACUCAGCCUACAGAGGGAAUCACACCCUGAUCAGCACAGGUCACAUGGUGCAGAAUCACG